AUGCUCACGACCAAGCUCCUCCUCCUCGCGCUCGCGCCCCUCCUCGCCCUCGCGCAGGACGAGUCGCAGGCACCCUCGGCCGACGGCGGCAACGGCAACGGCGGCGACAACGCCCCUGCGUCGUCGACCUCGGCCGCGCCGGCAUCGAGCUCGGCCCCCGCCCCGGCGCCAAGCAACGCGACCGCGCCGAGCACCACACCCGCGUCGGGCCCGGACAGCCUCGCGUCGCAGACGGUGUGGACGGCGUUCCGCCCGCCGCCGUCGCUCGCGAACGGCACGAGCAUCACGUACCCCCACAACGGGAGCUGGGCCGUCCUCGGAUCCCCCUUCACCGUCCGCUGGACGACCACCGCCGCCGGGCUCAACGACACGAACGGCUUCCUCGAGCUCUGGAACCCCGCCGUCGGCAAGUUCAAGGGCAACGACUCGCUCGCCAACGCGAUCCCCGUCGGUACUCCGGUGCAGCUGAGCAAGUCUGGCGCCUCGAUCACCUUGUAUGUUGGCGACGCUACCAAGCUAACAACCAAAAGCUCGGCGGACCAGAUCGAGCCCGGGACCGGAUACAUCCUCCGCCUUAUUCCUGGCAACGCGCGCCCCGCCGUCCCGCAGGUCCUCGGCACGUCGGCCUCGUUCGAGAUCAAGGCGGCCGGCCAGUCGGCCGACCCCGAGGCUGCUGCGCCGAGCGGACACCCCGCGGCGAGCGGCAAGCCCAGCGCCGGCGUGCGCGCGGCCGUGCUCGCGCCUGUGCUCGCCCUCGCUGCGGUCGCUGCCGCCGCGGCCGUGCUCUAG